AGGACGAAACCAGGCGGGAGUGGGGGGCGGCCAUGGAGGGGAUGCAGGCGUACGGAGCCGGGAAAGCCGGUGGAGCCUUCGACCCGGUCACCUUCUUCCAGCAGCCUCAGACUAUACUACGCAUCGUGUCAUGGCUCUUCUCCAUUGUCAUCUUCGGCUGCAUCGCCAACGAGGGCUACAUAAACAGACCCAACGAGGUGCAAGAGUACUGCAUCUUCAACCAGAACCAGAAUGCCUGCAACUACGGCAUCUUCAUGGGCUCCAUGGCCUUCUUGUGCUGCGUGGCCUUCAUGGCCCUGGACGUCUACUUCCCGCAGAUCAGCAGCGUCAAGGACCGCAAGAAGGCAGUGCUGGCUGAUAUCGGCGUGUCAGCAGCCUUCUGGGCCUUCAUGUGGUUUGUGGGCUUCUGCUUCCUGGCCAAUCAGUGGCAGGCAACUGACCAGAACGACGACCCGCUAAGGGAGCGCGGGGACGCCGCCCGAGCCGCCAUCACCUUCGCCUUCUUCUCCAUCUUCACUUGGGGCGCCCAGACUCUGUUUUCCAUGGAGAAGUUUAAGAAUGUGUCCUUUGAAGAGGAAUACACCAAGCUGUUCCCACCUCACCCUCAUCAACCGCUUGUCUGAUGCUGCUUUUUUAUUCGAUAAUUCAGCAUUUUCCAAAACUUAAAACAUAACAUUUUGGUUUGCAAUAAAACGACUAUGUGAAGCUUUACAUUUUUUCCCUUCCAUAAUUUUGUUACAUGAUGCUGAAUGUGAAUUACACUUUUUUUUUUUCCCCUAAAAGACAAGCUUGGCUUCUAAUUACCAUUUAUAUUACAUUUUAUUGUCAUUCAUGGCCAAAAAGUGCAUUGUAUGGACAAAAAUACUGGGACAUUCAGUCAAUUCGUCAGAGGUAGUUGAUUUCUAUCGUGCAUGGUGGUUGUUAUCAUCAAUAACUGGCAAGUUGGAACAUUGCAUUAAUUAUAUGAAGGGCGAUAAGUGUGCCACGCAUUUUUUAGUAUUAUUUCUAGUGUUGCUUAUUUUUAUUGCGCAAGGUAGUGGUUAUGAUUAACAGGUGUGCUCAUCUUGUGAGACCUACAGUACGUUGUCUGUUUACUUCUGCCUCUAUGUGCCGGAAGGUUUUUUUUUGUUUUGUUGAUGAUUUUUUUUUUGUUUUUUUUUUUUUUACUAUGGAGGAUUUCUCAUGUUUAUUUCUAAUGUGCAAAGCAGCAGUUAUCGUGAAUAACUGGUGAGAGGAGGCAUCAGAUUUAUUAUAGGACAAAUACAUUGCCCAUGCAGACUGAGGAGAUUGUGCUGCAAUAUUCUUAGCUUUUGUUUAUUUCUAUUUUGUUGGUGGAAAUUAUCAAAAUGGCAACUUAAUCACAUUACAUGUUUUGCAUGCUCAUCAGUCCUUGUGUAGGCAUGACUUUUGUUUUUUGAGUGUGGAUGAUUAGUAGUCAUUUAGUUUAUUUCUAGGGCGGCACAGUGAUCACCUGGUAAAAGCGUUGGCCUCACAGUUCUGAGGUCCUGGGUUCAAUCCCAGACUCGCCUGUGUGGAGUUUGCAUGUUCUGCCCAUGCCUGCGUGGGUUCUCUCCGGGCACUCCGGUUUCCUCCCAUAUCCCAAAAACAUGCAACAUUAAUUGGACACUAAAUUUCCCCUAGGUGUGAUUGUGAGUGCGGCUGUUUGUCUCUAUGUGCCCUGCGAUAGGCUGGCAACCAGUUCAGGGUGUUAGCAGCUGGGAUAGGCUCCAGCACUCCCCGUGACCCUCGUGAGGAUAAGCGGCAAAGAAAAUGGAUGGAUGGAUAUUUUUUUUCUAUUCCGCAAGGUUGUAAUUAUCAUGAAUAACUGGCAAGAGGGAUAAACGUAUGGCAUAUAUUCUAUGUGGGAUUAUGAUUUCCACUUGUUUGUUUAUAUUGUUCAAGGAACGACUGCAUUACAAUGACUGUGUCAUGGAUUGAGAGGAGCUGGACCCAAAAGCAGGCAAAGGCAGAUCUAAUAUGACGAACAGUUUAUUCAAUAAAGGUUAUGGAGGUGGUCUGGAUGUGUUGGCAGGCAGCGGAGAGGACUGGCGGCUGGCUUGGUGGCAGGAAUGAUGGGGAUCUGGAACACACUGGGAAUGAGGAGACAAUUAAAAGAGCAAGGAGUAAUGCGGCUUACUUGCAUAAGUUGGAUCAUGGUACCAAUAGGAGAUGCUGCAGUACUACUUUGUCAUUGAUCUCUGGUGAUGAGGUUUGAUUUGAAAGAAGAGCGGGGGCCGGCAAAAGCACCACCCAGGCUUGCAAGUGAUAAUGCAGGGCAGUACAUCACAGACUGUUUUAUGUUAUGUAUUACUCAUUAUAGCCAAAUGCAUUUACCUCACGUUUCACUUCAUGUCGCUGUCCCAAUAUUUUUGCCCCGCACUGCCCGUGAUUGACGCAGCUCUCCCGGUGUUUCUCGUUUGCAAAAAAAAAAAUUAAAAUAAAAUAAAAAAGGUGGGGAGAGACAAUUUGUGAAAUUUUAUGCACUGCAAUGCUGCAGCUGUUCAAUAAUGCAUCAGCCAUCCCUGUGCCGGUGCAGCCUGAAGAUGCUGAGCUGGUCAAAAAGCUCUGUAGUAACUUACCUGCUGCCAAUAACAACUAAUGAACCUUUUUAGCUCUUUCAGCCAACUAAUCAAUGUUUUCCUUCUCUUCUUUUAACACAACACGUUCUUAUUCUAUCACUUCUGCUUUUUGCAUCCUCUCUUCAUCCACCCCUCCCGCCACCCAUGACUCGGACUC